UAUUGCUUUUUUUUUUCAGGUAUUGGAGUUUUGAGAGAAUUUGAUUUCAUGCUGACACCACUCCUGACAUGCUGUGGUUUCUUUAUUAUGUACCUCGUGGAGGAACUGGUACACCUUUACAUUGACCACAGAGAAAAGAAAAUGGGGAGCACUGCACCCUUAGUCAGGAAUUUGAGCAUACGCAGAAGCAGAAAUGGGGCUACAGAAAGCACGAAUGGAGACAAGAGCGUCACCAACUCGACUGCAGACCUUGUUGACAAUGAAAUCACGAAAAAAAAGGACCCAGAAAACAAUUUCAGUCACGGUCACUCUCACCACCACAGCCACAUGCCAAUGAUGGUUGAAGAUGACGUCACAUCGGCUCUACGUGGUCUUCUUAUUGUAUUAGCUCUGUCUAUCCAUGAGCUGUUUGAAGGUUUAGCUGUUGGUUUGGAGUCCAGCACGUCUCACGUAUGGUACAUGUUGGGAGCAGUUUCGGCCCACAAACUAGUCAUCGCUUUCUGCAUCGGUGUGGAGCUGAUUGCUAACCGCACUAAGACCUGGCUGAUGAUCAUUUACGUCUCCACUUUCGCCCUCGUCUCUCCUCUGGGUAUCGGCAUCGGAUUGAUUCUCGUCGGUGGACAGGGCGCCACUGCUGCUGGUGUGUCGUCCGUAGUACUGCAAGGUCUGGCGUCAGGAACCCUGAUUUACGUGAUCUUCUUCGAAAUCUGGAAGGGCGAAAGAUCAGGAUUACUGCAAUACGCUGCGUCUCUAGUCGGGUUCUUCCUUAUGUUCGGAUUGCAGAUGUUGACUGGCCACUCACACAGCCACUCCCACGGCGGCCACGACCACAGUCACGGUGAUCAUGGACACUCUCACGACUAACUUUCAAUGGGGUAGAGAGCAUUGUAAUAUAUGUAUUAUAAAUGUAUUAGACUAUAUAACCUAUUCCUGAACACAUAUUCCAGUGGUAAAACUUUACAAAAUCAGGGUUGUCUAACUUAAACUGGCAGUUUAAUCCAUAAAAGUACAUCUCAUACAUAUAAUACGAUGCCCACAGAUUUUUAGGAAAACCAAAUGACAAUAUUUUAUUUAUUUUAUUGUGAUAUAGAAUUUUAAUAUAGAUUAAGUAUAUCUUUAAGAUACUUCCUUUUAAUUUUACGGAUAGAUGCUGAGACAUGUACGCAGAGAAACGCUCUAGCAUUACGGUUUGAUUUAUAAAAUAGGCUGUAAUAUGUUGCCAUUUCUCUAAUAUUGAAGUGAUUUUUAAAUACUACGCGUGUAAAUAUGUAUUUCAAAUACUCCUUAAAAUUGUUCACCAAUUCAUGAUGGUACCUUAAUAUCACAUAAUAUUGUGUAAUGCUUAUCACGAAAGAGAUAAAACAGAAGAAAUGUAUUGAAAUUAGCGCUAUUAUCCGCUUUAUUUCGAUGUUACGCUCACUUCGUGAAUAUGUAAAGUACGGUUUUGAAAUCUAGUCAACAGACAAUAUAUUUUAUAUAUUUUUAUUACAGUUUUUAUGUAUUACCUACACCGAAUUUUCCAAUUCCAAAAAUAGUUUGAAUCGAAUAUAAGAAUACCUUUUAAUACUUACUUACCAGCAAUACAGACGUAAUAUUGUUUCAUUAAUUUCAUAGUAAAAAAUGCACUAAAAUUAUUGAUUCCACCGUACGUACG